AGCCUCAAACACGCUGUUUGGCAGCAUACACACAAACCUCCUCCAUGCACCUAACUGACCUGUGGGGGCAGCAACACGCAAACCUAAUAGAAGAAGAAAUGCUUCCGGUGUGUGAGCGGACUGUCAUGGCGGCUCCCUGGCGCAGGUGAACCUGUUGGUGUUUUUCGGGUUGUUCACGAUGAGCUGUGAGGACGACACGAGCCGUGUCAGGUUGAGAGGACGACCGUAACCGGAGGCUCGGGACGCUGUCCGGUCAGUCUGUGCCAAACCUCUCUCACACGCACCGCAUUUCACCGCUGUCAGUAACAUUAAUGGUCACCUGAGCCCUCUGCAGCCAUGUACAUGAUGUCAUCCGCAAUGCGGGGUGCCCGACGACUCGUCCACGGCGACCCGGCUCUGAUCUGUAACUUCCUGUCUCCGGGCCUGCUCCCACCUGCCCGGUGCGCUGCCCCGCUGCUCACCUGUCAACAGAGCAGAAAAUUUGCUUUCAAGCAGGUCAAAGGUCAGAAGAAAGAUCAUAAGAACCAGAAGGUCAAACCCAAGUCAGAUAAACAGGAAGUGGAGAUCCAACAGGGGAUGACGGCGGCGGCGCUCGCCAAGGCCAUGAACAAAGACUUCGACCACGUGCUGGAGGCUCUGCUGAACACAGCGGUGGAUCUGGACUCUCUGGAACCCGACACGGUUCUGGAGGAGCGCUGGAUCAAGGAGGUGGUGACGAGGUCUGGGAUGAAGUUCAAAUGGGCCAAACUGAGUGCGAGCAGAGAGCGACCCAACAGAGACGCCUACAGAAGACCAACUGCCGAUCCCGCCUUCCUGGUGCCCCGCCCCCCGGUGGUGACCAUCAUGGGUCACGUGGACCACGGUAAGACGACGCUGCUGGACAGUCUGAGGAAGAGUCAGAUUGUGUCCACAGAGGCGGGCGGCAUCACGCAGCACAUCGGCGCCUUCCUGGUCCAGCUGCCCACAGGUGAGAGGAUCACCUUCCUGGACACUCCGGGUCACGCCGCCUUCUCCUCCAUGAGAGCCCGUGGAGCUAACGCCACAGACAUUGUCAUCCUGGUGGUGGCGGCCGAUGAUGGCGUCAUGAACCAGACGGUUGAGUGCAUCCAGCAUGCCAGGAGGGCCAAAGUCCCGAUGAUCGUGGCAGUGAAUAAGUGUGACAAGCCUCAGGCUGACCCUCAGAGGGUCAAACAGGAGCUGCUCGCUCACGAUGUCGUCUGUGAGGAGUUUGGAGGAGACGUUCAGGCGAUUCACAUCUCUGCUCUGAAAGGUAACAACCUCUUGGCUCUGGCUGAGGCCACGGUGGCGUUGGCGGAAGUUUUGGAGCUGAAGGCAGAGCCUACUGGCCUCGUGGAGGGGCUUGUCAUCGAGAGCAGAACCGACAAAGGCAAAGGGCCCGUAACGACGGCCGUCGUCCAGCGAGGAACAUUAAAGAGAGGCUGCGUGCUGGUUGCUGGAAAAUGUUGGGCUAAAGUCCGCUUCCUGUUUGAUGAGAACGGGCAGGCUGUGAAGGAGGCGGGGCCGAGUACUGCGGUGGAGGUGGUUGGCUGGAAGGAGCUGCCAUCUGCCGGAGAGACCAUACUGGAGGUCGAAUCUGAGCAGCGAGCACGAGAGGUGGUGGAGUGGAGGGUUUAUGAGGAGGAGCAGCGGAAGCUGCAGGAGGAGCAGAGCCUCAUCGAGGAGAAGCAGAAGCUCCACCUGGAGGAGUACCGCAGGGAGAGGGAGGGUCUGUCCCACCUGAGCUGGAGGCAGAGGAAGGUGGCGCUUUACCGCACCAACAAGACUCGCUUCGCCAUGAGGCCCAGCGAGAGGACACAGAACGACCAGCUCAGUCUGCCGCUCAUCAUCAAAGGUGAUGUGGAUGGCACGGUGGAGGCCAUCCUGAACAUCCUGGACAGCUAUGAUGCUCAGCAGCAGUGUGACCUGGAGGUUGUUCAUUUCGGCAUCGGGGACGUCACAGAGAAUGACGUCAACAUGGCUGAAACAUUUGGCGGCUCCAUCUACGGCUUUAAUGUGAAGGCGAGCCGCAGCAUCGAGCAGCUGGCGGCGAGAAACGGCGUCCCGCUGAGACUGCACAACGUCAUCUACAAACUGGUGGAUCAGCUGAAGGAGGAGCUGAGCGGCAAAUUGCCGCCGCUCGUGUCUGAGAACACCAUCGGUGAGGCGUCGGUCAUCGCGAUGUUUGACGUCACUGUGGGAAAGAAAAAGGUUCCCGUGGCCGGCUGCCGUGUUCGGAAAGGUCAGCUGGACCGGCGGCUGAAGUUCAGACUGCUCCGAGGCCAGGACACGGUGUGGGAAGGUUCUCUGGUGGCGCUGAAGCACCACAAAGAUGACGUGCAGACGGUGAAGGCAGGGAUGGAGUGCGGCCUGUUGGCUGACGUCAGCUUCAGAAUCGGUGAUGUCAUCCUAUGCUUUGAGGAGGUGGAGGGGCCACAGGUUAUUUCCUGGGACCCUGGCUUCUGAACGCGAAACUGCACAUGAACCAGAGACGCUCAGAAACAAACGGACAGCUGAUGUUUAGUUUCACAGACGUUUAUUGAAAACUGAACAGGAAGUAGAUAAAAAUUCAAACUGGACAGACACACGUCUGAAAAUCGUGCUCUCUGUUUGGACAGUGCUUCUAAUAAAAUACAAACUUGA